ACUCAAGCUCAACUCUUUGUUUUUAGUAGUUAUAUAAGAUAGAGGAGAAGAGGCAUACCACAUAACAAAACCUCAUCGAACUCCAUGGCUUCCACCAUCACCAAUCCUUUGCUUUCUUCACACUUCUUUGGGACUAAAAUCUUGGUCUCUCCUCCAACCCCAAAAACCAUCACCAAAUCACCACUUCCAUUCCAUCCCAUCUCCAAAAGAAAGUAUCUAAUUACUCAAAAUAUUCUCAACAAAAAACCCAAUUCUUCACAACCCUUAAAAUCUCUACCAUCCAAAGCUACCUUAGCUGCUCUUAUCUUCUCUACUCUCACUCCACAACCACAAGCUCUAGCUCUAGACAAUCCCACACCACCUCAACCCCCACCUGUAAUUGAAGCCCAACCCACCAAACCCAGUCUCACAAAUCCCUCACCUUUCUCACAAAACCUUCUUCUCACAGCCCCGAAGCCUCAAACCCAGAACACUUCUGACAUCCCUGAUGGUAGUCAAUGGAGAUACAGCGAGUUUUUGAAUGCAGUGAAGAAAGGGAAAGUGGAAAGAGUCAGAUUCAGCAAAGACGGUUCUGCCCUUCAGCUCACCGCCAUCGAUGGCCGCCGAGCCUCCGUGAUUGUCCCCAACGACCCGGACCUUAUCGACAUUUUAGCAAUGAACGGCGUCGAUAUUUCGGUCUCAGAGGGUGACUCUGGCAACGGGUUGUUCAGUUUCAUCGGUAAUCUUAUAUUCCCAGUUCUUGCUUUUGCUGGACUUUUCCUUCUCUUCCGCAGAGCUCAAGGUGGGCCCGGCGGACCUGGUGGGCUCGGUGGCCCAAUGGACUUUGGAAGAUCCAAAUCAAAGUUCCAAGAAGUCCCAGAAACCGGUGUUACAUUCUCCGAUGUUGCUGGUGCUGACCAAGCUAAACUGGAAUUGCAAGAAGUUGUUGAUUUCUUGAAAAACCCAGAUAAGUACACAGCUCUAGGAGCUAAAAUACCAAAAGGGUGUUUGCUAGUUGGGCCUCCCGGUACAGGGAAGACCCUAUUGGCUAGAGCAGUGGCCGGAGAAGCCGGCGUGCCGUUUUUCUCUUGUGCUGCUUCGGAGUUUGUGGAAUUGUUUGUGGGAGUUGGGGCCUCGAGAGUGAGGGACUUGUUCGAGAAGGCAAAGUCGAAAGCACCCUGCAUUGUGUUUAUUGAUGAGAUUGAUGCAGUGGGGAGGCAGAGAGGGGCAGGGCUUGGAGGUGGGAAUGAUGAGAGGGAGCAAACUAUUAAUCAGCUCUUGACUGAGAUGGAUGGAUUUUCGGGUAAUUCGGGUGUGAUUGUGUUGGCUGCCACUAAUAGACCGGAUGUGCUUGAUGCAGCUUUGUUGAGGCCUGGCAGGUUCGAUAGGCAGGUCACUGUGGAUAGGCCUGAUGUUGCUGGUAGAGUUAAGAUUCUUCAGGUGCACUCUAGAGGAAAGGCACUCGCAAAGGAUGUGGACUUUGACAAGAUUGCAAGAAGAACCCCAGGAUUUACCGGGGCUGAUUUGCAGAAUCUGAUGAAUGAAGCGGCUAUUCUUGCAGCCAGGCGUGACCUCAAGGAAAUAAGCAAGGAUGAGAUAUCUGAUGCACUGGAAAGGAUCAUUGCUGGCCCAGAGAAGAAAAAUGCUGUAGUCUCAGAUGAGAAGAAGAAACUAGUUGCUUAUCAUGAGGCCGGGCAUGCUCUAGUUGGUGCAUUGAUGCCUGAAUAUGAUCCUGUGGCCAAGAUAUCCAUUAUUCCUCGUGGCCAAGCUGGUGGACUUACCUUUUUCGCUCCAAGUGAAGAGAGGCUUGAGUCUGGACUGUACAGUAGAAGUUACCUGGAGAAUCAGAUGGCUGUUGCCCUUGGUGGAAGAGUUGCUGAAGAGGUGAUUUUUGGCGAUGAGAAUGUGACCACAGGAGCGUCGAAUGACUUCAUGCAAGUUUCACGAGUGGCGAGGCAGAUGGUUGAAAGAUUUGGUUUCAGCAAAAAAAUUGGGCAAGUUGCCAUCGGUGGUCCUGGUGGAAAUCCCUUUUUGGGUCAACAGAUGUCAUCCCAGAAAGAUUAUUCUAUGGCUACUGCUGAUAUAGUUGAUGCAGAGGUUAGGGAACUGGUAGAGAAGGCAUAUUCAAGGGCGACGCAUAUCAUAACAACCCACAUUGACAUCCUUCACAAGCUUGCUCAACUACUCAUAGAGAAAGAAACUGUUGAUGGGGAGGAAUUCAUGAGUCUCUUCAUUGAUGGAAAAGCCGAGUUAUAUGUGGCUUGAUUCCACUCUCGAGAGUCAAAAUCUUGUUGUAUUAUAGAUUUCAUAUAGGCAUGUACACAUUAAGAACCAAUUAAUUAUUUCAUUAAUUAAAAAAAAUAGCAAAACAUUUG